GCUGCAGCGCCUAGAGGCCGAGCGAGUGACAGCGGCUUCCUAGGGCGCCCACACCCGGGCAAUGCGAUUUCUGGAGCCCCUGGGGCGCAGGCUAGGCUCUCGCUCCUCGCGGACGUCGGCUGAGCCUGAGAGGCCCGGAAGCCUCCGCGGCUCGAGGAGGAGAUAGGGAGGGUAAGCUGAGGUACCGAGGCUCCCUACCCCCCCCCCCCAUCCAUCGCCCCAUUCACCACAGUGCGGGGAGCCGGAUCGCGGGACGCCGAGGCCGGGACGGGAUCCUCUGCACGAGGCCGAGGGACCCCGCUCCUCGUCGCCUGGGUGGGCUGCGAAGAAAAUGGUGCAGUCUGAGAGUGGCUGACCCCAGCUGGCCAGAGCAAGCGGGUGCUGGACUGCUUGGGCUCAGGUGGCAGCGAAGGGGGCGGGUUGCUUUGAGCAGCCGGGUCCUGGGUUUUCUUCGUGCCCGCAGCAUUUGCUUAGCACCUGGGCAGCUCCCACGCGGGGCUGCGGGAGAUUAGGUGAAGUGAGGCAGAGGGGAUCUUGGAGGAGGCUGGGCGUACACAUUCCAGGAAGAAGGAGCUGGAAAGAGCAGAAUGACACUGAGGAGGCUGGCGACAGGGCCGGCUGCGCGCCACCCCUGAGCGACCUGUCCAUGGUGUUGAAGGAGCUCGGAAAGCCCGGGGUGUGCCCUCCUCUGUGCCGUCCGCCCCUAGCUACUGGCAGCUGCCGCCCAGUCUCUACAAACCCCGGGCCGGGAAUAGUCGCCUAACGCCGCCUGGGUGUCCCCGCUGUCCAAAAGCUAGACAGUCUGAAUGGUGAGGCCAGAGGCAGGCCACCCGGGAGCUCGCGGGGAAAGGCAGUCCGAGAUCGUGUGUCCUCGGGCAGUUCACCUCUGAGAGCACGCGUGGGCCAGCAGGAGUCAAGGACCUAUUGGUGAUCGGAGGACCGAGGCUUUGAAAAGACCCGACGCAGAAAGGAAGAACAGUUUCGGGUGCACAUCCCCGGCCUUCGACUGCAGAUCGAAAAGGGGAGAGUCCAGGAGAACGAGAUCCAGGGCAGCCGGGCGCGGGCGCAAUCCAUUCCUUCGGCGGAGUGCUGCGUCCUCACACGCCCUCCCUAUCAUUCCCAGGAAGCCAGGACAGUCACUUCGGUCAGCAAGCUGCACAGAGAAACCCAGCAAAUCCCGUCGCGGUCGAGAGCACUUGGUAUUUAGUUUGCUGUUGCCGGGCCGCGCGCCGAGGCGGAGGCUUAGGACAGUCGCCUCCUGAACGGUGGGAAGUGGCGGUGUUGAGUUCGCCACCACCGGAGAAGGCUGCACCAGUCCGGAGGAUGCUCAGGACCCCGCGGGAGCCUCUCCGUAACAGAACUUUAUAGGCUGCCCGCCCCGAUCCCCGCAGUCUCCCGGCUCAGUACCCGCCGGUGGGGGCCAAGGGGUCGCCGCGGCACAGAUCCCCUCCAGUCCCCACCCCCAGCUCGGCCGCCCUCCGCUUUGUUCCGGGCGUGCAGAGGGAAGGCGAGGCUGCGGCGGAUCAUGCCCAUGGUGUAGCCGCCAAGCGGAGGCAUGGCUGCCGGAAGGUUACUGCUCUACACCGGGCUUUCGCUAGCGCUCUGCGCCCUCGGCAUGCUGGCUGUGGCCAUCUGCUCCGACCAUUGGUAUGAGACGGACGCCAGGAAGCACAGGGACAGGUGCAAGGCCUUCAACACCCGCCGGGUCGACCCCGGCUUCAUUUACAACAACAACAACAACUUGCCUCUGCGUGCGAGCCGCUCGCGCCUGGACCGCUGGGAGGGCAAACUCCUCCGGGCCCGGAAUCGCCGGCAGCUGUUCGCCAUGAGCCCGGCGGACGAGUGCAGCCGGCAGUACAACUCCACCAACAUGGGCCUCUGGAGGAAGUGCCACCGGCAGGGCUUCGACCCAGAGAUCGCCGCCCUCAUCCGGAAAGGAGAAAUUGAGAGAUGCACGUACAUCAAGUACCACUACUCCUCAGCAACCAUCCCCAGGAACCUCACAUUCAACAUCACGAAGACCAUUCGCCAGGAUGAGUGGCAUGCCCUGCACCUGCGCAGAAUGACGGCUGGCUUCAUGGGCAUGGCGGUGGCCAUCAUCCUCUUCGGCUGGAUCAUCGGUGUGCUGGGCUGCUGCUGGGACCGAGGCCUUAUGCAGUAUGUGGCAGGGCUUCUCUUCCUCAUGGGAGGAACCUUCUGCAUCAUUUCACUGUGCACCUGUGUGGCUGGGAUCAACUUUGAGCUGUCACGUUACCCACGCUACCUAUAUGGACUCCCGGAUGACAUCAGCCACGGCUAUGGAUGGUCCAUGUUCUGUGCGUGGGGGGGCCUGGGCCUCACACUAAUCUCGGGAUUCUUCUGUACCUUGGCCCCCUCUGUCCAACCUGUCCCGAGGACCAACUGCCCUAAAUCCAGACCAGAGAAUGGGACAGUGUGCUAAAAAACAAACCCAUACACAUAUAUAUAUAUAAAUAUAUAUAUAAUAUACAUAUAUAAAAUGAAACUCAAUCAAGAUGAUGCCAGUGCCAAGGUAGAGUUGAGUUGGCUCAGGCACCUGCAUCUCAUCAGACUUUGUGUUGCCUCAUCUCCAAGAUGGGAAAAGUGUUCCCAUCCUGUGGCUUCUCUCAUCAGUCCUUGACUUUGGCUUCAUGUUUUCUUCAAGACAGUGAAAGCCGCCACCUGCGCUAGCAUCUUGAUCCCUGUCACUCAUAAGGAUGUGGCGGUGAACUGGAAGGGACAGAGGCAGUGGUCUGGAGCAACACAGAUACAGAGAAGGAAGUGCUACUCUCUGGGCCAGCAGGAAAGGCCACCACCACCCCAGCCAUCAUAUCAUGGGGAAACUCAGUCCCUUGAGUUCAUAGAAUGUAACCACAUCUUUGAGGCCAUUUUCAGAACCACUUCUCUGCUCUUCCUGUUCUGAGCUCCUUCCCAGCCCACCAGCGACACACCAAGAGUGGAAGAGAAAACAGACUGAGAAGGAAGUUUUCUCUUUGUGGCCAAACCUUUGGACAAUGUCUUAGAGGUGGGAAGGGGAGAGAACAUGCUGAGAGGCAAGAUCAGCAUCAACAAAAGGACAUUCCAGUGGAUGCUCAGAAAACCCAGUCUUACCUUCCAGCUGCCUUACACCCAGUUAAACAAGAGGCCACCCUGUCCUCCCUUGCCUGCGUUCUCUGGGCAGAUCGAGCCUUUGAGCAAUGCUGUGAUGUGUGUGUGUGUGCGUGUGUGUGUGUGUGCACGUGUGCAUAAGUGUUGGAUGGUUACCUUUUUCUUUUCCACUCCUUGAAUGGAAAUAUCAUCUUAUUCUGUUGUCUCUCUUUCUCUUGCUAUUAUUAUUUUUGACCCAUUAUGGAGGCCCCAAGAUCUGGGAAUUAUCUUGAAAGACAGGCCUUCAUGGGUGCAAAUGCAGCAGCUGCAGAUCCCUGGAGAGAGACAAAAGUGUGCGUGCGUGUGUGUGCGUGUGCGUGCGUGCGUGUGUGUGUGUGUGUGUGCCCAUGCACAUGUGUGUGUGCGCCCAUGCACAUGUGUGUGUGCAUGCACGUGUGCUGGAUAUUUCCUGAGUGUGGGGGUUUUAUUGUUUGUGUUACACUUUUUCUGUGAUUUCUGGUACAGCUGAAAUUCCCAGAGGGCAAAACCAGGAACAAAAGCACUGGGCCAGAGAACCCUGUGGCGCUUCACAGUAUGGUUCUGGAACUCUGCAAGAUUUAGUCCACUAAUUUCGGAAGCUCAAGACACAGUUGGGCACAAAAGUCCUAAGAGAAGAGGGGGAACAUACAGAUCAGGAAAGAGAAGGAAUAUUGCCUCUGGCUGCUGAUAUACAAGUAAAUAUACCAAACAAGACCUUCGGUCCCCGCUGUGGGGGCUGUCCUUUGUCACUGGACAUCUGCUCCUUUUCUAGGGGUGAGCCCUGUACAGAUGACAGGAAAUGGGCCACAUGCAGAGAGAGCACCUCCAUGUCCCAUGGGCUCAAGUUUGUAUGAUAUUAUUAUGUAAAUUAAUGGAGAAUUCUCAACUCUUUCCAUUCUUGUCCCUUUCCUCUUGAUCUUUAAGGCCACGAAUCCCCAAAUAGUGAUCUGUUUUAGGGGCUAGCACCGAAACUGAGGUGGAGCAAGACCAUCCAGCUCACUUGAGCAAAUUGGCACUGAGUGCUGGCGAGUGAAGCGAAGUUAGCCGGAGCUGUGAAUGCCACAUGGCAGGAGUAACUCAUGGUUACCUUGGGGACCCUGCUGGUGCCCAGUGUCCCUGGGGAGGCAAGGAGAGAAUCCUGAGCUGGUGCAGCUGUGGUCAGCCAUGCAGAUGGGGAGCUCAGCUGCUGCAGUAUGGGCACUCUUAUUACAACAUGGGUCUGCUUUGGGAACGUUGCCAACCACUCAGCAGCCUUCCUCCCUCAAGUGCUCCACUGCAGCUCCCUGUUCCUGACCUCCUUUCCUACCAGAUGCCUCCCCUCUCACCUACCAACAGUGUCCCUCCCCUUCCCCCACCUGCCAGGUUAUUCAUCUCAUCUGCCCUCCCCCCCUUUCCCUCUUCCCUUCUCUUUCUCCCUCUUCCUCUCUCCCUCCCUCCAUAUGUGUGUGUGUGUGUGUGUGUGUGUAAUCCUAUCAGGGUGUGAUGUCUGAUGAGCUUCAUGUGGGUAACUUUUUGUGUGCAUCUUUCUGAUGCAGUGUGUGUGUGUGUACCUAUAUAGAGGUAUAGAUGCAUUUCUCAAGACUCCCUCAUCAGGGUCCUGGUCAGAUCCUACAGAAGGUCUUACAUGUGACUACCCCGAGUGUAGGGGUGCCGGGAGAGCAGGGGCAAGCUGGGUGUUAGGGAAUGCGGCUGGCUUCCAACUGAGAUUCUAAGAGUUGUUCUUAAGAUAAACAGUGUAUUCCAUGAUAGGGGAAAUAAUCUUCAGAAAAAAAAACUCAGUUUUUUUUUAAUUGAGAAUUUUGUUAUUUUUCUUUUCCUUUGAAAAGAUAAAUUUUUCUCUUAAUGUGAAGGACAUUCUUGGGGCUGGAAAAUGGAAGUAUCUCAGAUUGAGAGGGCUUUUGUCUUCCUCCAGAGUAUCUUGACCUGGGCAGGGACAAGCAGGUAUACUUGAACAUCCACUGAGACACAGAACUUGUUGGGUAUGGAAUAUUAAUUCCAGCUCUUUUGCAGUUGCAAAAAGAUGGAGGAAGCUAAGCCAAAUGGGGCAAUUUGCUGUUGACUAUUUAAUCUUCUCUUAAGUAAACUUGUUUGAACAAACAAGUUCACAGACCUCUCAUUUAUACCUUUAUGCCUUGGUUUUCUUUUAAAAAAUAAUUCAUAUUCAUCAUAAACAGAUCAGCUGCUCUACCCAAUUGCCCAACUCUGUGGCAAACUUAAUAAAACUUACUGGCUUCCUUGAAGUAUGCACAUUCUUGGAAUAGUAGACAGAUCCCAGCGAGUAGAUAGUGUCUCUGGCUCAAUUAAUUCCACUCUCAAUCGGCAGAACAAGACCAUAGAGUCACUUUGUCAUUAUUCCCACCAGACAGACACAGACACACAUGUGCUGGGGUCUGUAGUACUUAGCAACAAAGACAAGCCAUGGCACCCAGUCAGGACAGAAGUCCCCACAAUGAUGGGAGAUAGCAAUCUUUGUCUAGGUGGCCUGAGCCUUCCAUCACAGGGGAUUGACCCCUGGUUAGAAUAAGCCACUCUGAGGCAGUUUCUGGAACUUUCUGGCUGUGAGGUGGCUAGGGAGUGAGUAGAAGAGAAAUCAGAGAAGUCUUGGUGUGGGGCGCACUCUAGUUUGGUCUCCACUAACUCUAAAUCAUAGGCCCCAGCCUUCUGAGGUGACUGAGAGCCAGUGGCUUCUAUAAGACCUGCAGUUCCUACCCAGGUCAAGUUCAAAUUUUUUCUGCUGUGUGUGUACAAGGACCGUGAUUGCACGCGCUGUGGGCCCUGUGCUAACCAACAGCCUGAGCGCAAUUUCCACACUCAUUGUUUAUUUCCUCGCUCUCUCCUAGAAUAGAGAUUUGGGGAAGCUGGGGCCUAGCUGGGAGAAAGUGUAAUUCCUCACUGGGGAGUUAUGGUUCAUUUUCUAUUUCCUUCUCCCUGUGGCUUUCCUUAUGAUCAGUUUGUGACAGUUGCCUUCUUAGGGAGGAGAGGGACUUCAAACCCCUUCUCCUUGUUUGUCACGUCCUGAGGUCUCACAAGGAUGUGUGUGGAUCACUGACAUCAAAAUAUAAGAAAGAAAAUGUCUGUUUCAACUUCAGUCGCCUGACUGAAGGCCCCCUUUCUCACUUCUAGGGAUCACAAAAGCAUAACUAGACAGCUCUUCCAGAUGAAGAUCAGCCCUCUUUAGCCUCAGGUCCCUGAAUGAUUCCCUGGGCCCUGACACUAUGCUGGUGUAUUGUCCCUUAGGUGAGGGUUCUAUCCAAGUGUGUCACUUUUCCUCCAUAAGAGAGGGUACCCUAAGACUUUCCUUGGUCAUCCAUAUACAUGAUAAGAGACCUAGAAGGAAAAUGCCACAUGUGUUUUCCUGACUUCAGAUGUACCAUUUAGGUCUUAAAAGCUGCCCGCCUAGUAAAAUUUGGAAUAAUGGAGUCAAAUUCAUUUCUCAGAGCAUUCGGCUUCAACUGUCUUAGGCUGGGAACAUCCAUCCACUGAUUUCAGUCACGUAGUGGAAGAAGUGAGGAUCGACCCAGACACCCUCUGUCUUUGUGUGGACUGUCGGUUGCUUCUCUUACUUCAAGGCAAUCUUCUUUUCUGAAAAUGCAUCUGCUGCUCCUGGGCUGAUUUGCCCCAGUGAGCACAUCCAUCCCUCUCCAGGGAAACGUGAUGAGCCAGAAGAACUGAGUACACAGACAGUAACGGUGAAGCAGAGCUCAGCUGGACCAGCCUUGGUGCUGUCUUCCAGCUCACACAGACUGAGGAAAGGGACGGAUUUUUUAAAGCAAGUCCAGCAGAGCAGAUGCAUACAAAAGAUCCUGAUGUCUCUCAGACUGUUGACUUCGGGGGUUAUGCUUACCAUCUUUUCAUUGAUGUGUCUAUGCCCCCAAACAUUUCUUUGACAUUGUUUCUAGUCCUUAGACCAGAUCAUUACAAGUUAUUGAGUUUUCCCCCCUGAGGAGUACAUGCUCAUUGUAGAAAACUAGAAAAGAAAUAGCAUACAAAAGACUGAGAGACCGAUCAUAAGCCGCCCAUCACUCUGAGGCUUCUAUAGUGGGCCCAGCCAUAAUGGCCAGAACCUCAGAACCUCUUCAGUGAGUGGUUGUCACUGAGGGAAUAAAUGGGGCCGGGAGGACAUGGCAUGGCCACAGAACUGUGAUCAUCAGUGAUUCUGUGUUCUUGGCAGCAACAACACAAGUCCCAAGGACAGCAAGGAGGCCUUCGAAACCUCAGGCCAGAGCGAAAGAUUACUAUUUAGGACUAUUUAUCUAAUCUAUCUAAUCUAUCUAUCUAUCAAUCAUCUAUCUACCUAUCUAUCUAUUAUCUAUCUAUCUAUCUAUCUAUCUAUCAUCUAUCUAUCUAUCAUCUAUCAUCUAUCUAUCUAUCUAUCUAUCUAUCUAUCUAUCUAUCUAUAUCUAUCAUCUAUCUAUCAAUCUAUCUAUCAUCUAUCUAUCAAUCUAUCUAUCAUCUAUCUAUCAAUCAUCUAUUUAUCUAUCAUCUAUCUAUCUCUCUAUCACCUACUUAUCCUUUUGUUUCAGGUGCCAUCUCAAUCUAAUCCUGAGUAUACCCUCACUAACUAAGCUACACUCGUAUAAUGCAGCGGUGGCUGUACCUUUCAUUCUGCUCUGUCCUAAAAUGAUUUGUGACUCUGGGCACUGUGUCUUCUCUAUACUUGAACUUCCUCGUCUACAAAAUGAGGAUGGUGAUAACGUUUUACCUCAUGGUACAUUAAGAGUGACAAAGAAAUUGCGGAGCGAUUUGCAAACAUGAAGUGUCUAUGAAUUACGCACUGUUCAAAUUACCUGUUAUCAGCAGCGCAGCCACUAAGGUGGAAUGGAUCCAUCAAGGCGCUACCGAGAGGGAUAAUGGAGGGGCGGGGGCAUCUUGGUUGCUGAGCUAGAGUGUAGCUACCCAGCUGAAGAACAUGGGGUUCAUGCCUUCCUUCAAGCCCUCCAGAGGAAUUGUCUCCUUUGUAUUUGUUACCCAUAGCCAGACUCAUGCCCUUUUCUUCAAGGCCAGUUUUGUGCUCUCAUUCCUAUAGCUUAUUCUUAUUGCCAGAAGGGAUGGAGAACGAGGAGACCACGUGGAGGCUAAGAUCACAGAGGGCUCUGACAUUUCACCUCUAAAGCAGGCAUGGAGUUUAUAGUGUUGCUUGUUUUAAGAGUUCACUCCUGGCUGUCUGUGCUCAGGUUGGGGGAAAGUCAGAUCCUAAAGCUUUUAAUGUUCUCUCCUGUGUAGAGUGAGGAUAAGCAUGGCAGAGCGAAAGCCCACUUCCUCUUGUCAGGCUGCAAAGCUAGUGGCUUCGUCAAUAGCCUCUGAGCUUUAGUCGGAGGGCCUCUGCGUGGUAUAUACAGUUAGGACAUUUCCCAGUAUGAACUCGCUUGGAUCUUAGAUUCUAAAAGGGAAAAGAGCAGAUUCCCCCUGAAACUUUCUAACAGAGAAUAACAUAUCCUUGCUCUCCCUAUGACUAGAGCCCAGCCAAUCAUAAGGGUACAAGGUAGCUUGUUCAGGGCCAAGAAACAGAAAACUGGACCCCAACAUAGGAGUUACCUAGCUACAGCUCAGCCUGGCGUCUCCCUGACCCACAAGCCAGCCUACUACUCUUCACGCCUAAGGCCUGUUGUGACUCCCUGGGUGGGGGAACCAUGUCCUGCAUUUUUCUCCCUUAGGCCCCAAGCUUUUCCUUUCCUCUCGGGGUGGCCCCUAGGCCCAUUGUCAUUUGUAUGUGCUGGUGUGUCUGUGUCGUGAGUGUGAUCACGCCUUCAGGCCGAGAUUUCAGAGACCCCACUCUUGUGCCCUUUCCCUACCCCACCCCACUGCCCAUGGUGUGACUGUUUCGACCCAAGACUAUCUGUAAACAUGUACAAACAAAGGUGAAAGCUGAAAAUAAAGGGGAGGGGGAUUGCAACUCCUCAAAGGCUGAAACAGAGCCCUCAGUUUUCUGCGGACUGCUGAGGACUGCCCUAGGAUCCUGGCCCUGGCGGCACCUGAAGGGAGGGAGGCCCAUCGCGAGAGAAUUUCCUGGUUGUUCUCCUGGUAGUUGCUCCUGCUUGCUAAGCACUCUCUGUUCUGAAGGCAUUUACCUUUAAUGUUAAGUCGUUCUCUCCCAAAGUCAAAGCAUAUCCUCAAAGAAGAGCAAAGGUCAUGGCCAGUGUCAACCCAAAGACCUGACCUGGAGUGAGUGACAUUAAGAAGUUUGUUAAUAGCUCACCUGGAGCCUUGGGUGAAUCUUGUGACCUUGCCAUGUACCCAUGUCCUCACAGCCUCAUAGGGAGCAGGGUGACUUCGGGGACUCAUGGGACACCAGGUCUCCCCUGUCCAUUCUGCUGCUAUUUGUACCUAUGCUGGCUGUUUCAUUGAGGCAAAUCAGGAGAUAAUUUCUUCCCAUUGCACUUGGCCCAAGCUGAUAACCCUCAGAAAGUAACCGCAAGCCAGCAGCCCGUUUGUGUGCAGAGUCCAAAGCCUAUGAUCCACCUUUUCAGUCUCAAGAUACUUUUUCCCACCCACUUGGAUGAUUCUAUCAUGCCCUCUCUGUUGAUAGGGCCUUGCCUCAUAGGACUGUGGUAGAGAAAAGACCAUCAAAGGAGAUGAGGCAUGUGCGUUGCUUUACCAACUGUGGCUUGCUCCACAAAUGUGGUUUACUCUAUGAAGAAGCAGAGCCUGGUCAGGGGGCAUGACGAAAUGGGAAGAGAGAAAAAAGGCGGUUCUGGCGCUGGGGUGGAGGCUGUGGGUAGAACACGUGGUUAGAUAAACUUAGAACUUAAAGAAAACUUUGGAAUGGAGAAAUUUCUGUGCUUCCAAAAUCCCCUCAGCAGAAUGGCAGAGAAAUAGCCCCAAGGCGGGAAUUCUGGAGUAGAGGGAUUAGGAUAGCACAGGGCACCGGUAAUCAAUCCCGGAGUAUAAGUAACUGCCAAACAAGAAUAGUUUUCUCAGAGAGAUACACAAAUGUGGCCUGUGCCAACACCCCCUCCAUUCAUGAGUAUAGGCUCCUUCAGUCCACAGCUUCCUCAUCCCUGAUGGACCUUGGUGACCCCCUUUGAGACUUGUACAAGGAAGGUGAUUUUAGACCUCUGCCGCCCAAUAGAAUUUGAUACAAGAUACGUAUGCAAUUUGAAAUAUCCCGCUAGCUGCAUUUUAAUGCACUGACAGAACAGGUGAAAUUAAUUUCCAUACUUUUAGCCCUCGGACCUGGACCCAAUAUCAAAGUUACUGGCAUGCUUUAUAUGCUGGCUAGUUCACAUAAUAUCUAAACCGAGGUAAAUCUCACCCCGAGAAAACAUCUCCAACUGACUCAGCCACAUUUUUAGGGCUCAAAAGCUGCAUCAGGCUUCUGGUACCUGGCUAGGAAAACACAGGCUUUUCAGAGACCGAGAAGGAUGCCUUGGCGGGCAAGUUGCUCAUUGAUGAGCAUUUCUCUGUGGGGGACAAAGGCGAAGGCUAGAUUUGCUGAGUAGGAAGCCGAGCCAUCUCCACAAUGCUGUCUCAACCUUUGGAAGUCCUACUUCACCUGCUUAGCUGGGAGAGAGAACUACUGUGAACCUACCACAUGUUGUCUCUGCCUCAAGGGGUGUUAGUGCUAUCCCUGGACAUGGCCCUGGUGACCUGUAAAAUCCUGGGGGACUGCAGGCCAUGCCCUUCGGCGGUAGGGGCGUCAGCCACCACCCACCCUAUCUAUCCAGAUGUCUUUUUAUCUCACGAUAAGGGAUAGACAGGCCUCCCCAUUGUUAAGAAUACACAUCUCUCCCACCUCUUAACGUCUGGUGGAGUCUCCUGCUAAGGACAUCUCACUGAUGUUCGCAGCUCUUUGAUCCAUCCUCCAAUUUCUUUUUAAAUCUUGAAUGCUGAAGAGGAGAUAUGGGGGAAGAACAGCAGGCAGACCGUAUCUCCUAGGAGGUGGCAGCGGCAAGUUCUGUCCUUAGACCAGAACUCGGGCCACCAUUUCCUACCUCUCCUUUCUGCUUAGAGAUCUUCCUUAGGUCUAAAUAAGCCUCUCUCGUGGGGGGGAAAAAGACGGGCAGUGAGAUCUUAGGGCAUAGAACAGAAUAAAUAUAAGCAAGCCACUGGGCAUUCUCCAAUCAUUUCAAAGAAGCAGUAUGAUAAGGCUUGAUUCAUUUAAAAUCUAACCUUCUGAGGCCUAUGCUGCCGAGCAGGAGGAAGGAAGCUGAUUAGGUGAGUACGUUUUAAAUGUGGUCAUUAGACGGGGCCUGUCGCCGACAAAACUCUCCAACAGCUGACGAGUUUAUGGUCCGCCAGAUUAUUGCUCAGUCAAUAUAAAUUUAUUUACCUUCACUCUAAUUUGCAUAGUGCUUUCUGAUUGGUUAGAUACAGUGUGGUGUAUACUGCAGGAUUCUAACAACGACUCUCCCCUUGGAGGUAGCAAUUCCUGUGGUCAUUGGUGCUAAAAAUAAGAUUAAAUAUUAUGUUAAUUUGUUCUGAUAUGAUGUGAAUAAAUGUAUUGUUUAAUCUUAACAAGAAUGCUACAUCUUAUCAGAUCUAUUGUACUGUCUGUUUCUUCUCAUAAUUAAUUAAUUACAGGAAAGGUGAUCCAAACCAGAUCUCGAAACUCUUGUGAUAUUCUAAGAGGAACUUAACAGGGAAGUGGGAGGGGGGCAUGAAAAGGGAAAUUGCCAGGUUCCUGUGACUUUGAAAGGACUGAGGAAGCAGAGAGAGUUUGGGAACUUCACUGAAACUGACUGCAUCUUGCAAUUUUCUUUUUCAAAUUGGCAGAAAUCUUGUUAUUUCCAUCGAUUGAAGAAAAAAAGUGUCUGGUAAUUAAUUAAAUGACUUGUUCAUGGAAAAAAAUAAAAACAAAUAAUCUGUCAGUUGUGGAAUGUAAACUGAUUAAAUAAUUAAAUAAAGAAGACCAUGUUGUGUGUU